CCUCGCAAGUCUUACUUUGUAAAGCGACGUAAACAAGGCCAGUGCUAUAGUAUGAUGAAGGAAGCAGAGUGCCAGAAACGGCUAUUUUAUGCCGACCUGAGUCGUGCUAGGAGGCUGUCUACAAAGACAACAUUUAUCAGGAAGCGACAAGAAACUCGACUGGCAGACAAGAGCCAAGAGUUUGAUCUUUAUGAAGAGAAGGAUGGCGCUCUGUUGGAGGCGGUGAAAAAAUACAUGGAUGGAGUCAGGAAACAGUCACAUCUGCUAGCAGUAUUGAGAGCCAGGUCCAUCUUCAGCCGAAAGUCUAAUGCUCGAUUGUCUGAAACUGACACAAUGGAUCUGACAGAGACAUCAAGGGAAGGAAGCCUUUACCAAGAAAAUCAGGCACCAGACCCUCAUAACUUUUAA